GUAUAACUGCUCCAGUUCCAGUCAAACAUUAGAAAAUGUCGAAGAGCACUCCACUCAACAAGUUUGUGAAAAUUUCAACAACAAGCGUUGUGCUUGUUCUCUCGAUUUUUGCAAUAUUUAUUAGUAAGACGAGUACUUUCUUCCUGGUCUCUCAAAUCAGGUUUCCUUCCUAUCCUCAUCUACAACUAUCCUGCACUUCUGGUGGUAGUACCUGUGAAAAGUUUCAGCACAGAGUCCAGACGGAAGAUGCAAGUGCUGCAUGGAUCUGGAGUUUAACAAUAGCUCUUCUUUUCCCUGAAUUUCUAACUAUAGCAAAAUCAGGGUUUAUUGUUGUUACCCAGCAUGUUCACAUCCCUCCUUUUAAACACCUAUUGGUACCCCUGAUGUUCCAAACAAUACAUAUCAUCGGGAUAUGUGUGUUAUUUUUUAUUGCUCUACCUGGAAUGUCUGUUGUAACAAUGAGUAUGGUUACUACUAGUUCAUGUUUUAUACCCUCACUAUUUAAAGGUUUGUCAGAUAGGCAACAUAGCAGCAGAAAUACAAGUUAUUUAUUCAAAACUUUAGAUGCAAUAUGUCUUACAAUACAAAUACUAAGCAUUGUUAUCUGGGUCCUGAACAGUGAUCAACAUCCACAAAGAUGGAGCGUGCUGGUAGGACUGUUGUUCACCUCCUUUGGAUGGUGGGAAGCUUAUCUUCCUUAUAACAAUGCCAUCAUCAUGCAAAGAUUUUUUGACUUUCUCAGAGUCGUUAGGGAUCAGUCCCUACACAAGCGAAAACAGCAUGUUGUCAACUGUAUCGUAUCUGUUUGGAAAGUCUUCCUGACAAUAGUAUUUGUUCUAUCUUUGACUUCAGCCAUGAACCCAGUGGAAAAGGUUUCCAAUUUAUUUACAUCUGUUAAAUGGAAAUAUGCAGAUUCAGCUAAAACUGUAGUUUCCCCUGGGCGUCCACCAGCAAUACUCAUAAAUGAAACACUGACAACUUGCAUGACUUCAGCAAAGGAGACUGAUGGCUUUGUCCCUAACCUGGUUUAUCCAGAUAUAAAUGAUUGCUCCGGGUUUUGGGUUAGGGUAUGUUUAGAAGAAUACCCAACAUUGAAGUAUGCUCUCUGCCCUGGAGAUUUUCAAUACUUUAGCAGCUCAAACAGUCUUUCUUGCUAUAAUGAGGGAACCUGUUGUCAAAGUCAAACCAUUGUUGAAUGUGGAGAAAGAAAGAGUUUUCAGAACUGUCCCAACCCUGAUACAUUUUUGGAAUCUAAAUAUCCCCCUAACUCUGAAGAAUUUGUUGACUGGACAGUUAUUACUCAAAUUGAUGAAAGAUUCUUUUUUCCUUUCAUCGUUCUUCUGACUCAGAUUGUAUCUACUUUAGUUGCAUACCAGUUGGCAUACUUUGCACUAGAAACCAGAGUGGGUCUUUGGGGAUUUGCUGUGCCUAUGACAUUUACGCCUCUUAUAGUAGUGCCAAUUUUGAUAGUUCUUUGUAAUAAUGUCAUACAGAAUAAUUGCUAUCUAAAUGAUUAUAUUCCAGCAGCAAUUUUUUUCUCAUGCUCAGGUGAAACCACGUUCUACCAAUUCAUGGCUGAAAAUUGGAUUUACAUUUUAGCUUUCCUGUCCCAAGCAUGGAUUUCAAGUCAUAUUUGGACAAAGAAAUCUUUAAAGCUAGCUAAAGCAGAAUUGAUUUUUGAUACUCCGUUUUAUGAUUCUUUACUUAUUGAUCAAUCACUGCUACUUAACAGAAGAAUGGAUGAUGAAAAGAAGACACAGACAAAAGUAAAUCCAAAUCUGAAGAAUGUAACUGUCCUUGGAUGUGCAACAAUGUGGCAUGAGACAGAAUCAGAAAUGUCAAAGUUAAUAGAUUCCAUUCAAGAUAUAGACACUUAUACAAAAACUUUGUCAAAAUCACACGAAGAUUAUUUCAAUUUUGAAAUGCACAUUUUCUUUGACAAUGCAUUUGAUGAUCUGGGUAAUCCUAAUAUAUUUGUAAGUCAGCUAAUAGCCCUGCUGGCAAAUAGAAAUAUUCUUCUAUUAGAGAAAUUCCUUACUCCCUAUGGAGGAAAACUUUAUUGGAAUUUAAAAAACCACACCACAUUGGUUUGUCAUCUCAAAGACAAAUCAAAGAUCAAAAUAAAAAAGAGGUGGAGUCAACUUCUUUACAUUUUACAGUUUUUGGGACAGGAUGUCAUUAAUCACCUUGAAAGUGCAGACUACAAAGAUUUACUGUCUGAUAAAAUAUUAGAUCAAAACACAUAUAUACUAGCUCUUGAUGGAGAUGUAACAUUCAAAUCAGACUCUAUUGUGAAAUUGAUCGAUCUCAUGAGAAAAGAUGACAGAAUGGGAGCCGUUUGUGGUAGGAUUCAUCCGGUGGGAAAUGGACUUAUAUCAAUGUAUCAGAAGUUUGAAUAUGCUGUUGGACAUUGGCUUCAGAAGACAACAGAAGAUGUUUUGGGAAAUGUUUUAUGCAGUCCAGGUUGCUUUUCUCUUUACAGGUUAAGUGCUAUGGUGAAUAGUCAUGUUGAUCAUCUUGGACCAGCAGUUCUUGAUUUUUCUAAAGAAACCACUUCCGCUAUUGACUGCAUUCAGCAUGAUCAGGGGGAAGAUAGAUGGCUAUGUACCCUAUUGAUCAAAAGAGGAUGGAGAAUUGAGUACUCUGCUGUAAGUGAUGCCAUGACCAUAUGUCCCGAAACAUUCACAGAGUUCUAUAACCAAAGAAGAAGAUGGACACCAUCAACUGUUGCAAACCUGUUUGAACUGAUAAAAUCAUGGAAUUCUCUUCUAAAACAUGGAAAUCUUACAAUAUUUCACAUUCUCUACCAAUUGUUGAUGCUUGCAGGUACCAUCAUAGGACCUGGAAGCAUAUUCAUCCUUCUGGUUGGCGGUUUUCAAUUGACAUUUGAAAUCUCAUAUUGGGGAUCCUUCAUUAUGAAUCUAAUUCCAAUAAUUUUGUUUAUUCUUGUAUCAUUACUGGCUUCACCCUCUAGUCAAGUACUUUGUGCCAAGGUUCUAAGUAUGGUCUAUGGUAUUGGAAUGAUUGCUAUUGUAUUUGGAUUAUUUUUCAAUAUUUGGGAUUCAUGUCCCUGGUCCCCUUCUACUCUCAGUUUGGAGUUAACUGCUGGGGCUUUCAUUGCUGUUGGCCUUCUUCAUCCUUUGGAGAUCAAAUAUCUCAUGUACGGAGUUGUUUAUUACCUAACUAUUCCUUGCAUGUACAUGUUGCUUCCUCUUUACUGUGUCUUCAACCUUGAUGAUGUUAGUUGGGGGACCAGAGAAGAAAGACAAGAAAGUUCAACUAAUAUUCUUGCUGAGAAAAUCAGAUACAUUCUUAACCCUUCAGAUGAGAUAUCUGAACUAAAGACAAUGUUAUCAGAAAGAAUUACAAGUUUGCAAAAUGCUGUUGAAAACCUGAACAAGGCCCCAAUAGAAGACACAUCUGAAGUUCACGAUGAGACUGAUGCAGGAUCCAAUUGGAUUCAAUCUUUAGAUGGAGAGUUUUCCAGUCUUGAAUCAGAUGAGGAAAUCUAUCUGCAGAAUAUCAUCCAAAACUAUUUAAAACCAGAGAAGGAUAAUACAGAGCUGAAACUAAAACUAAAGAAAGAUCUUGAAAACCUGAAAAAUGAAAUUGGAUUGUUUUUUGUAUUCUUAAAUGCAGCCUGGGCAGUGGGAAUCUUUCUGCUACAAGUUUCAUCAGUAGACACAUCAGCAUUUACUCUUGAUUGGGUUUUGUGUGAGAUUGCGAGUCCAUUGAACGUAACUAGUUCCAAUUCCAGUAAUAUUGGUAUUAAAUAUAUGCCUUUGGACCCGAUUAACUUUGUUUUUAUUUUGUUCUUCUUAAUUGUUCUUUUUAUUCAAGUUUUUGGAAUGAUAUUUCAUCGAGUUGGAACUAUUGGACAUAUUGUAGCAUCAACACAUUUAACUAAUAAGGACAUAAACUAUGUGGAUAAUUUACCUCUGGGUGGCAUUGAUAAUCCCCUGACACCUACACUUUCAAACAAUGACUUCCCUGGUUCAACUGGACUCUAGAAGUUUCCUCAAUAAACAUAAUUGAGGGUUUAAUCCUCUGCAACUAUUCACCAAGUUAAACAGUUCCAAACUUUAGACAAUUAACAUUUUUAACCAAGUUCACUCUCUCUCAUCAGUUUAUUGGAUUAGACAGCCAACCACCCAGUCAUAUCACUUCAAUUUCCCUACAGGGGGCCAGUGCAUUUAGUAAUGUACCGUCCAGAUUUCCCUGGUAUAAUCUGUAAGUGUACUGUACAGCUCGCUCUGGAUGGUUAGAUGUCGACCCGGUUCUUGAAAUAAACCAGUGUCCUAGAACUCAACUUAACUUCAUAAAGUAUUGGAAGAAAAUAUAGCACUUGAUCAUCCAUAUUCUAUCCCUGCCUGUAGCAGAAAGUGGGAAAAAUGUUAUUCUGUGAAAUUGCAGUACGUUGUACAUUGCUAAAUAAUUUAAUGUUUUAAACUUGGACAUAAGGAGAUUAUUCAUUGAAAUGCAUUUCAUUCAAAUACUUAACAUUAUUAGCUCAAAUCAUGCGACAUACUUAAAUUACGCUGUAAAAUAUGGUCAGACAUAGAUCAACUUCGUUACAUCUAUUCUAUUUAAUCCAUUGAAUAUGUAAAAUAAACUCUACCUGUGCGAUAAAUAUGUAAUACAAUGUUCUUAAUCAUGUGAUAUUAAUAACAUUGUAGGAAUUGAAUUACGUAAAUUCCUGUUAACUUUGUAACUGAAGCUAUUGAAUAAAGUUUGUUGAAUGAGA